AAAAUAUAUGGGAAUCCCAGAAAGAUUACCAUUAUUCACAGAGGACUAUAUAUUUAUAUGGCUGUGCAUUUAUUAUUCAUUCUUAAUAUAGUGUUUGAUUGAUAAAUAUAGUAUUAUUCCAAUAAUUUAAUACUGUGCAAUUUAAUAAGUGCAUUAAUAUAAUAUUUUUGUUAUUAAAUAAUUAAAAGGUAAAAAAAUUUUUAAAUAAUUUUGGAAAAAUUUUAUACUUAAAUAAAAAAAUAAAAUGUCAAUUGCUGAUCAAGAUGCUGAUUGGAAUGAAAUGUUAAAAAUUGCAAAAUUACAACAACAAGAAUAUUAUGAACUUUUACCAGAAUGGACAAAAUAUACUAUAAAUGAAUAUAAAUAUUUAAAACAAAAUAUUGCAUAUGCACUUUUUGGUCUCCCAUCAGAGAAUGAAGAAAAUAAAAAUGUAUACAUUGAAGAUGAAAAAAUAGGAGAAAAGAAACAAAUAAAGGAUAUUACUGAAACCCUUUGUUACAAAUCUGAUGCAGAAAAAAUUAUAAAUAUUGUUUAUGAGCAAAUAUGUACACAUGGUAAAGGAUGUAUAGAGGUAGACUCAAUAUAUUAUGGAAUAAUUUACAAUAUAUCAUUUUGUACUAAAAAUAAUAUUAAAAAUAAUGUGACUGAAGUAUCUAAUUCAAAACAAGAAAAAGUAACUGAUUCUGGAGUGGAAGAUAAAAUACAGAUAUAUUCAACACCAAUUUUUAAAAUAAAAUAUUUAAGUGAAACUUGUACAAAAGAAGAAACAUGGUAUAUUGACCAAAAUGGUAGAGUAUAUAAAAGUUGGAUAGAUUAUAUAGAAAAAAAUACUUUACCACAAUGUACAAUGGUUCUUCCAAAAGAUGGAUUCUAUCAUCCUGAUCCAAGUUAUGAAAUUACUGAAGAAUAUUCAACAGUAUGGUUGGAAAUUUUGGAUUCACCUGCAUGUAGUACACAAGCAACCAUUUUUAAAUAUGGAGAUAUAACUUCUACGCUAUUUGGCACAUGUGGACUUUGUUUGGGUGUAGCAUCUAUUUUUACACCUAUUGGAAUGGUUGUAGUAGGUGCAACAGUAACUUCUAGUAUAAGUGGUAUAUGGGCAGCUGGUAGAUCAAUACAGAAUUUAAUAGAUAGAAGUUCUCAUGAACAAAGUAUAGGAUUAACAAAUAGGGAUUCCUUUUGUUCAUGGUUAACUAUAGUUGGUGGUUCAAUUGGUUUAAUAAGCAAUAGUGGAAAUAUUAUUCUUACUAAACUUAUAAAAAAUGGUAGUGAUAUAAGCAAUGCAGUUAAAGUUGCAUACAAUGCAUUAGUUUUAAGUAAUUUAGGUAUUAAUAGUUUUGGUGUAGGAUAUCAGGCAUAUUGUAUGUAUCAAAAAUAUCAAGAAGAAGGUCAAAUUCAUAUAUUAGAUGUGGUAUCUCUGUCAACUCAUUUAUUAUUCUUUGGUAAUUCAGUUAUAAAUUUACAGUUUGCAGAAGAUCUCAUUAAAUCUACUCAAGGUAAAAUUUUAGAUGAAUAUAGAUCUACAUUACGUUCUAAACAUCUUCGUAAACAAUUUAAUCGUACAAAACGUAAUGCUGCUGCAAACAAUACAGAUAUAAUAUCCGAAAAUGCUGAAGUAAUACGUUAUGUCAAUAGAAAGAUAGAUUUACAAUUAAAAAAUAAUUUGAGUAAUAUUCCCAUUCAAAAAAGCACUAUAUGUUUUGAAGAUGGGAAAUUGAUAAUUUGCGGCAUUCGUUUCUUAGAUCCAAUGAGAUUUGUAGAAAUAUUAAUUAAGGAUGAUCAAUUUUCAAGUGAGAAGAAGUUUUCAUUUAAUAAAGAAAAUAAUAGUAGCAAAGAUAUGUUCUUCAUAUUAAAAGAUUUGCUUUUAACUUUAUUAAAAAAUGUGUUUUUAGAUGAUAAUAAUAGAGAAGAUUAUGAAUCUGAAUUUAAUGAUAUUUUAAAUGAUAUAAAAUAUAUGAAUAAUGCUCCAAAUAUUUUUAUUCUAAUAUUUCAAAUAUCUUUUACUUUAAUAACAAAAUCUCAAUUUUGUUCAAAAUAUUUAUCAGAUGCAGUUCAUUUUAUAUGGUGCUAUAUAAAAGAAAGUUUGAUACAAUUUAGUUCAGAACUUCUUAGUAAUAACGAACAAACACAAAAAAAAAUAUGUGAAAUAUUAACAGUUUUAUUUGAACAUAUGGAAAAGACAAUAAAAUUAUCAUCUGCUUUCAAAAAAUAUAUUGAAGAAUAUGUGAGAAAUAAAG